AACUAUGUGAAGAUUCAGAACAUCCUCAGGUUGUCAACUGGCAGCUUGGAACCAUAAGAUCCACAUGUUUUUUGCCACUGUUUUUGGCCACUGCCCAUGCCAGACCUGCCAACGUCAGUACAUGUCUAAUUUUUACCUCUUUUUCAAGCACAGAUCACGUCUUUCGUCUCUACAAGUGGAGACAUCUUGUUAGUCUUCUUUCUUUCCUUGUUGAUCCAACAGGCACAAAACAUCCAAAAGAUCCCUUCUUAUUGAUCCAAAAGGCACAAAACGCCCAAAAGAUCCCUUCUUUGGUGGGCUACUCCCUCGUAUUCGUGUGAUUCCAGCAUGGAUUCACCCUCAAAAUCCUACCUUUUUGGUGUUCCAAUUCGCAAAACCCUUUUUGGGUUCAUCUUGCUCCUCUCCCUUGCCCCAUCAUCUGUUGAGACCCAGAUCUCCGACCAGCCGACCGCCUACCAGAUGCUGGAGCAAUACGAUUUCCCCAGAGGGAUCCUCCCGCAGGGCGUGCGGCGCUACGUUUUGAAUCAAGAUGGGAGCUUCGAGGUGUAUCUGAGCGGCGACUGCGAGUUCAAGGUCACCGGCGGCUACUUGUUGCACUACAAGAGAAAGAUCACCGGCGCGGUGGCCUCGGGGUCGCUGACCAACCUUAGAGGCGUCAGCGUCAAGGUCCUCUUUCUGUGGUUUGGGAUCGAUGAGGUGGUGAGGAGUGGCGACGAGAUCGAUUUCUAUGUCGGCCCGCUGUCGGCAUCCUUCGUGCUGUCCAACUUCGAGGAGUGCCCCCGCUGCCGCUGCGGCUUUGAUUGCUCUGCCGCCAUGGUUUCGGAUUCGUACGAUACUGGGGUUGGUGAUCAUGGACUGUCCCAGGCUGGCAUUCCAUGGAUUAACCUUGAUAUGUUUAACUUGUGCUAUCAAAUGAACGCAUGCAUAAUCACAGAUUUUGAUAUGGUCUUUAAGAAUCCUUGAGUCUUUACCUUCGAGUAGCUGUAGGAUGAUUGCUCCAUCUUUUUCCACUUUGAAUGACUGCAUGUUCUACAUUUUGAUCUGUGUCUUGGUUAAAACAUUGCCUCUACUUGUGCUGAAUCCUAGAUGUCAAAUUUGUCUAUGUUAGAGCUUAUAAAUAUAUUGUGUCAUUUCCUAA